AUGGCUGACAAGGAGGUCACUUCCCCCGGGAAGGCGACCUUUGGGAAUGCCGUCACCGAACAGGACGGUUCCAAUGCUUCCUCGGAUCAGAACAGCAUCCAGUCGGGCCUGCGCGAGCGCAGACGGAAUGGCCUGACCAAGGACGUCGAGAGUGAUAAUGAGGAGGACGAGACCAAGCUGAAGCGCAAUUUGAAGAAUCGUCAUCUCCAGAUGAUCGCCAUUGGUGGUACUAUCGGCACAGGUCUCUUCAUCAGCAGUGGAACGGCCCUCGCAGAAGCCGGCCCGGCAGGCGCCCUCAUCGCCUACGCCUUCGUCGGUUCAAUUGUAUACUCGGUCAUGUGCUCGCUGGGAGAAAUGGCCACUUACAUCCCCAUCACCGGUGCCUUCACCUCGUACGCCGCGCGUCUCGUCGAUCCAAGCUUGGGUUUCGCCAUGGGAUGGAUAUACUGGUUCAACUGGGCUUCCACCUACGCGGUGGAAUUGACUGCCACCGGCAUGAUCGUCCAGUACUGGAACGAUCAGCUGUCCAUUGCCAUCUUCAUCGGGAUCUUCUGGGUGAUUAUCACGGCCAUCAACUUCCUCCCCGUCGGCUUUUACGGCGAGCUGGAGUUCUGGUUCUCCAUCACUAAGGUCUUGACCGUCUUGGGUUUCAUGAUCUUCGCCAUCUGCAUCGACGCCGGUGUUGGCAAGCAGGGAUACCUCGGCUUCAAGUACUGGCAUGAUCCUGGUGCCUUUGCCCCCUACCUCGUCACCUCCAACGAAGCUAUCGGCAAGUUCGUCGGCUUCUGGGCAGUGCUCAUCCAGGCCGGUUUCUCUUAUCAGGGUACCGAGCUGGUCGGAGUCGCGGCGGGUGAAACUGAGAACCCCCAGAAGACCGUUCCCUCUGCAAUCCGCAAGACCUUCAUCCGCAUCCUCAUUUUCUUCGUCCUGACCAUCUUCUUUAUCGGCUUGCUGGUCCCUUACACCAACCCCGAACUCGCCAGCGGAGCUGAGAACGCGUCCGCCUCUCCCAUGGUCAUCGCUGCCAAUCUGGCUGGUGUGAAGGUCCUCCCCAGCUUGAUUAAUGCUGUGCUUCUCACUGUCGUCCUAUCUGCUGCAAACUCCAACGUCUACAGCGGUAGCCGUGUCCUGCUGGGUCUGGCCCAGGAGGGGUUUGCGCCCCCGAUCUUCGGCUUGGUCACCCGCCGUGGUGUCCCCUACGUCAGUGUGGCGUUCACCGCGCUCUUUGGAUUGCUGGGAUUCAUGAACGUGUCGGACUCGGGCAGCACCGUCUUCAACUGGCUGGUUAACAUUUCCAGUGUGGCCGGAUUCAUCUGCUGGACCUGCAUCAACGCGAGUCACAUCGCCUUUAUGAAGGCUAUGAAAGCCCGCGGCGCUUCCCGCGAGACCCUUCCCUACAAGUCGAUCUGGCAGCCCUGGUUGGCCUGGUACGGGCUGUUCUUCAACAUCCUCAUCAUCUUCACCCAGGGUUUCACGGCGUGGAUCCCCACCUUCAAUGUGUCGGACUUCUGGGUCGCAUACAUCUGCCCCAUCCUGUUUGUGAUUUUGUACGUCGGCCACAAGGCCUGGUACCGCACGGGCUUUGUGCGCCCCAUCGAGGCGGACCUGGACACUGGACGCCCGCAGUACACCACGUGGGAGUCGAGCAACCCCAAGGACGGAUGGGCGAGGAGGAUCUGGGACAGCAUCAUGGGGUAG